CAUAUACCACAACACUAACACAGAGCAAGUCCUUUACCUACACAGUUCACACUUUUGCACUCUCCUUUUCACUGCAUUCUGCUUCUACUCCAUCUCACUCACCAGUCACCAGUCAGUCGCAAGCAGCCAAAAGAAAUCGAAGAAACCCUUCUCCCAUCUCCGGAAAAAACAGGGGCGAAGAAGAAAGCUGAGAUUUGAGGAGAGCAAGGCAGAUGGGCCAAGGCAGAGGCUCCACUUUGGUUCACCUUCUGGUGGUGGUUCUCAGCCUCAUCGCUUUCGGCUUCGCGGUUGCUGCCGAGAGACGAAGAAGCGUCUUAGCUUUUGCCUCUUCUGUUAUUCAAGGGUAAUUGUGUGGCCUUCGAGAGUCUGUUUUCGUGCAUUAGGUGGCGGAGAGGGCUUGGCUGAGAAGAGUAUUGAUUAUAAAUGAAGAUCUGCUUGUUUAUUAGCAAAGUUAUGAACUUGGGUGUGUUUGGAUGCGUGGAUCCUGUGAUUGCACAAAAGGGUUAUGAAUGGAUAGCUUUUAGCUUGGUGAAGUCUUUGUAGUUUGAAUGUAGUUCUUAGCUAUGAUGUUAGAGGCUACCCUGUAAGAAUAAGAUGUUGCAGUUACGGCCUUUUGGAGCUAUCUCUGUAGGAAUUGAGACAGGGAUUCAGCAUCUAAUUUGUUUAAUAAGAGUCAAGUUGUUGUCAUUUUGUUUAUUAUAGUUAGUGAUAAGUUAUCUCUGGCCAAUUGUAGUUCCAAUUCAGUCAGUGGGUACGUUUUCCUGUGCUAAUUUGAUCUCUUUGUUAGGAAGUUUAAUGAACAUAAGCAUUUGAUUCGAGUCCCUACUUUACUUAAGGUGGGAGAGCUUUGGUGAACCAUACUGUUAACUGAAGGAACAGCAUGAUUAGAGCGAGUUAGAUUUGAUUGAUUUACUUUCCAUUUUUUAUGUACAAGCAAAACUCAUAUUGAAUGAUCUUUCUGUGCUUUAUGAUUGCGUGACUACUUUAUUCCUUGUGCGAAACUGCUUGCCCUACUUUCUCCUACUUUGUUUGCUCUAUUGCUUCAUAAUGGACCCAAACGACGUCUCUGUAUGGUAGUCUAAGUACUAAACAAUCUAGCUUAGAAAGCGGAUUAGUAGCAACUAGUGUUUGUUUCUUACGAUCAGUCCUUUAAUGCUAUACCCAUGCAGCAACUUUAUGAUAGUCAUAUUCUUAACCUUUGGGUCGAUGCUGUUCUGAUCUUUCUGUUGGCUAAUGUACUAGUAGUUGACAGAAAAGGACCAAAAGGUACAAGGGUUCGGAGUAGGGAUGAACUAGAAGCUAUUGGUUCAAGUUAUAUUUGCUAAAAGUUCUGUAAACGCGUAGGGAAUUGUCUAAUGAACUUGUUCAAGUCAACAUUCAUUUUCAAAUGAUGUCUCCGGAGUUGUUUGUAUGUAGGACUUACCAAGCAAGCCUCUUAUAUUGUUUAUCUGUUUCAGUUAGAAGCUGAGUUGACAGUCUUAAGGGGCAUAUUGUAAUAGAUGCAACUAAUGCAACAUACUGUGUCUACAAGUCUGAUGUUGCAACUGGCUAUGGAGUAGGUGCUUUUUUAUUCCUCCUCUGCAGUGAAACAAUACUGAUGGUUGUGACAAGUUGCAUGUGUUUCGGUAGACCACUAACCCCGGGUAGUGAUCGAGCUUGGUCCAUCAUUUAUUUCGUCUCUUCAUGGUUGACUUUUCUGGUUGCAGAAGCAUGUCUAGUUGCUGGUGCAAAGCAGAAUGCGUAUCACACCAAGUAUCGUGGCAUGAUCUUGGCUCAAAACUUCUCAUGCGAUACACUGAGGAAGGGCAUUUUUAUUGCUGGAGCUGCGUUCGUAGUUGCGACAAUGAUCCUCAACGUCUAUUAUUACAUGUAUGUCUCGAAGGCUACAACUGCCCCUGGCGGCCAUGCUUCUUCUAACAAGGUGAAUCAUUCGAGUUCCAGUGUUGGGAUGGCGGGGUAUGGAGCCAGGGUGUGAGUUUGUGGUGGUGGUGGUGGUGGUACUCUAGAAUAGGCAUUUUGUUUCGUGAAUCUAGUACAUUUAUAUAGAGAGCUAAAUAUGAUAUAUUGUGGGUUGUGGAUGCACAGCACUGUGGUAGGAAGACUUGUAUUAAGCAAUGUAGAAGUUGAAUCAUGUGUGAAUUUGAGUGGCAAAAAUGGGAGGGACUAGUUUUCGGAUAAGCUCACUGUAUUCUGUGAAUUUGUAUGGGGAUGAUAUGGUUUUGGUCCUCGGUGCCUGUUGGCUUGUUAUACUCAAUUCUCCUAGAAUCAGUUCUUUAACCGCUUUCCAAGAGACUUCUGUAAGGCGUUAAGUAACAGCA